AAAACCGAUGGUAAAAACAAAGUCAAAACAAAAUAAACCGCGGGAGAGGAUAGAAUUUCUUGAUUUCUUCCCAGGUUUUGUAAGACCUUUUCGAGAGCUGGAGAUAUGAGUAAAAAUUGUUUCAGAAAUGACCUUUGUCAAAAAUAAUUCAUACUGUGAUAUGCCUUUUGAUGCUAACACACCGUAUGCCGAUUUUUACAUAUACUCAGAUUUAAAAGAUGUAGCUGAUAGAUGUACCAUUUACAAUGAUGAAAUAAUGAAAUGCAGGACUAUUGGGAUACUACAAAGUGUUCAUGGUCGAUUCUUUUUAUCUGAUUUAAGUGGUGGGAAGCCUAUAGUCCAGUUGUCAGUAGUGUAUUUGAACUCUCUGGUGCAGUCCACGGUGAUACCAUACCCUGUGCAAGUGUUUGGCACACUGCAGUGGAAGAAGAGACCUGUCAUAUUUGCCAAGAUACUGCAGGUCUUGAGUAUACCAUCAGCCAUAAGACUCAGGAAUGCCCUGAGUGGUAUUGCUAAUACACACCUAGCCAAAAAUGGUCCCAAACAAGAAUAUGAAGAAGAUCCAACAUGAUUAUUAAAGAAAUUGGCCUGUUAUUAAUGUUGCCAGAUUUGAACAAGAAUGUUUAAUCUUGUACCUUUUACCCUGUGAUAUGAAAUUGUUGCUAUAAGUUUAAAAUUGUGAAAUGUUUAUAAAAUAAAUAACAAAUUAAAA